CGGAGAUUAGCAGCGAAUGCCAGAGAGAGAAAACGAAUGGAAAGUUUAAAUGUGGCAUUUGACCAACUUCGUGCAGUAGUGCCUUCCAUAGGAAAAGAUAGACAAUUAUCUAAGUACGAUACAUUACAAAUGGCCCAAACAUAUAUAGCUGCCUUGAAGGACCUUUUG